AUGCGUCACUCCGCCCAACCCAUUUCAUCGUCCAGACUCUUCAAAAUCAUCAUAUUCGUACUUUUGUUCAUCGUUACUCCAUACAGAAUAAUUUCUGUCUUGCUAGAAUGGUGGCGUGGACCAACAUUGGCACUGGCAUAUGCGACACUUCUCAUGGAGAAUUCCGGAACGACCGAGACUGGAGAUGAUUACUUUCGUAGCAUUCGAUUGUUGAACUACCAACUCAAGCACGAUGAGAAAACGCGAACUCAACACUCUAUCCCACUACUAGUGCUUGUAACACCAGAAGUACAUCAGUGGAAGCGGAAACAGUUAUCGGACGAGGGCGCAACCGUCGUGGCAGUGGAGAAGUUUGAUUCGGCUUGGAUCAAGCCUGGGGCACCGAGGUGGCAAGAUGUAAUGACGAAACUCAGACUAUUUGAGUUCGAAGAGUUUGACAGGAUUCUCUUCCUCGAUGCAGACACCUUUCUGCUCAGACCACUUGACGGAGUCUUCAAGGAACGGGUGACGGCGCCUCGAAGAACGCUACACAACUCAAGAUACAAAGCUGAUGAGGGUCCACUACCGAAUGAAUUCGUGUUUGCGACAUUAUCUGAGGUGACGCAUGUUAUUCACGACUAUCCGCCUGUACCAAUGUCAUAUUUCAAUGCUGGCUUCUUCUUGUUCGCUCCGUCAAAAGCACUUCUUCAGUAUUACAGAUCGCUCUUUCACUUGAAAGACCGCUUUGAUACGACAUAUCCAGAACAAAAUUUGCUCAAUUACGCCCAUCGACUAGACGGAAAUAUGCCAUGGGGAAGGUUGCAUCAUAGUUGGAACAUUGUGUUGCCAAACAUGGAUGAUGUCAAAGCAGGCGUGGCCAGUGUCCAUGCAAAACUUUGGACUGAGGGAGAAGCUUUGAAACCUGUGCCAAGAGGAUUGCAAGAGAUGUGGCGGAAGAAAAACAAGGAAAUGGAAGAGUUCUAUAAGAGGAAGGCCAACCAAAGCGAUAAAAUUCAUCGGCUUCCGUAA